UGCCUGGGUCCUCGGAGUCAGGCUGGAGCUCUGAGUGUCUCUGGGAAGGGGCCAGCUGAUGCCUGGGGCAGCAGCUUCUGAGUCUAACAAGGAGAUUUGGGGCUUCAAGGCUACAGGCUGGAGGGCAGGACACCUGUGUUCCUUGGCAUCAGGGUAGGAAUCUCUUUGUCCUUGAAGUGACUGGGGGAGGGCAGAUAGGGCUGAAAGGUGGAGGACCACUUUAGAGACCCUGAAUGGGGAUGGAUGCUUGUCUUGGGUCCUUGGGAAGAGCUGAAGAUGGCCAGGGCCAGCCCGGUCCAGUCAUUGCUGGUGUGGGGAUGGUAGACGCCAAUGUUGAUGGGUGAGGCGUGUGUGUCUUAUGGCCUUUCUGUCGAUAUCUCUGGGAUAAGGGGUGAGCACCUGUGAUUCAGAGCAGAGCCCAGUAAGCCCAGAAAGAAAGGAAGCCUUGACUACCUGUCUCAUUGGCCUCCUGGACAGGGUCCCCCUCCCGCUCCCUGUGCCCUCGAUGCUGCCACGCAGCUGGCUCUGGGGAGCACUGGGGCUGGCUGCCAACAGGACGGCCCUCCGGACAGGCCAGGAUCAGGUGUCUGAGGCCAGAGCCAACUCUUUGCAUUCCUGCCUAGCCCCUCCUCCCUCUGGCCAGCCAGGCUCCCCUGGGACCCUGGUGCCCACAACCCCGAUCUUUUCCUUCUUUUUCCCAGGACCCAGAAUUCCUGGCUUCUAGGAAAGGGGAUUUGAUGUCAAGGAGGGGGCUGUGAGCACCAAGCCCUCAGCAGGCUGGAAAAAGCCCACCAUUUCUGGAGACACUGAGGGCUGAUUUAUAUUUAACUUGACUAUUCAAUUCUUCUCUGCUUUAGAGAGAAAAUGGUCAGAAUGGCAGCAUAAAAGAUUUAGAUUAGAUUACAGAAGGAAGAACUUCCAAGAUGUGAGGACAGUGAGGCCCAGGGCCAGGAAAUUGAGGCGUAUGGUGCCUGUAGACUCUAGGAGUCUUUCUUAGGGGGAAGAGGGAUCCUCUGGCAUGGAGGCAGGGGGAUGGCUAAGAUGACUGUUUCUUAUUUCAGGGGCUGAGUGGGUAGAGAUGGGACUUUAGGGAAAUGAGUUACUGUAGAAUUCCUAAGGUUAGAGAAUAAGGCAUUUGGGGGGCCAGAGGUAGAGUGGUGGAUGGUAAUGGGGCUACCAGUGGAGAGCCUGUGGGGCAGAUGAGGCUGGAGACAGGGGGGCAAGUAUGUGGCCUGGUGUGGGAAGAUGGUGGGCGGACCUGUGGGUAGGUUGUCCAUAUGAUCGAAUUGUACUCCCUUGGGAUUUGGUGGAGGGUGGGGACCUCCGAGGUCUCCUUGGCCUGGGGUCUCUGUGAGUCUCUGUGUCUCUGUCUCACUCACCCUUCGUCUCUCAAAGCGGCCCUUGUGUGUUGGUGUUUGCGGAGCUGCCACACGCGCGGGGGCCAGGCUUAGGCGGGGGUUGGGGGGGAAGGCCGUGGUUUCCCGGCUCCUGGACUCAAAGGGCCUUUUCUCUGCCUGCCCGCCCCACCUCACCCACCCCACCCAGCUCCACUCUCCUGAUUGCUCUGGCCUCUGCCCUGCCCCACACUUCUAUGAAAGUUUUGCUGGAACUCUCUUUGGGAUUUUUCCAAUCUGGAGCUGAUGGUGUGAAGAGUGCACCUCCUGUGGAUGUGCUCCGGGCCCUGAGGUUCCCCUCCCUCCCUGAUGGUGUCCGGAGAGCGAAAGGCAUCUGUCCAGCUGAUGUGGCCUACCGGGUGGCACGACCUGCCCAGCUCAGUGCACCCACUCGCCAGCUUUUCCCAGGAGGAUUUCCCAAAGAUUUCUCUCUGCUGACUGUUGUCCGGACCCGCCCUGGUCUCCAAGCUCCCCUCCUGACUCUCUACAGUGCCCAGGGUGUCCGACAGCUGGGCCUGGAGCUGGGCCGACCUGUCCGCUUCCUGUAUGAAGACCAGACUGGGCGGCCUCAACCUCCCUCUCAGCCAGUCUUCCGAGGCCUCAGCCUAGCAGAUGGCAAGUGGCACCGUGUGGCUGUGGCUGUGAAGGGCCAGUCUGUCACCCUCAUUGUUGACUGCAAGAAGCGAGUCACCCGGCCUCUCCCCCGAAGUGCUCGUCCAGUAUUGGACACCCAUGGAGUGAUCAUCUUUGGUGCCCGUAUUCUGGAUGAAGAAGUCUUUGAGGGUGAUGUCCAGGAGCUGGCCAUUGUCCCAGGGGUCCAGGCAGCCUAUGAAUCAUGUGAACAGAAGGAGCUGGAAUGCGAGGGGGGCCAGAGGGAAAGACCCCAAAACCAACAGCCUCACAGAGCCCAGAGAUCUCCACAGCAGCAACCAUCAAGACUUCAUAGGCCACAAAAUCAGGAACCCCAGAGCCAGCCCACUGAGUCUCUCUACUAUGACUACGAGCCCCCCUAUCAUGAUGUGAUGUCUACGGGGACAACCCCUGAUUAUCAGGACCCCACCCCAGGUGAAGAGGAAGAAAUCCUGGAGUCGAGCCUCUUGCCACCCCUUGAGGAGGAGCAGACAGAUCUCCAGGUCCCCCCCACAGCCGACAGGUUCCGGGCAGAGGAAUAUGGGGAGGGUGGCACAGACCCCCCUGAAGGGCCCUACGAUUACACCUAUGGCUAUGGGGAUGAUUAUCGUGAGGAGACAGAGCUUGGCCCUGCCCUCUCUGCGGAGACAGCCCACUCAGGAGCCGCUGCCCAUGGACCCCGAGGGCUGAAGGGAGAGAAAGGAGAGCCUGCAGUGUUGGAACCUGGUAUGCUCGUGGAGGGGCCCCCUGGCCCAGAAGGCCCUGCGGGAUUGAUUGGGCCCCCUGGCAUCCAGGGGAACCCAGGCCCAGUUGGAGACCCUGGAGAGAGGGGCCCCCCUGGCCGAGCAGGGCUCCCUGGAUCAGAUGGGGCUCCUGGUCCUCCUGGCACAUCUCUCAUGCUCCCAUUCCGGUUUGGCAGUGGUGGGGGUGACAAGGGCCCUGUGGUGGCGGCCCAGGAGGCUCAGGCCCAGGCGAUCCUGCAGCAGGCGAGGCUGGCGCUCCGUGGACCCCCUGGCCCCAUGGGAUACACAGGGCGCCCUGGACCCUUGGGCCAACCUGGGAGCCCUGGCCUGAAAGGAGAGUCUGGAGACUUAGGACCUCAGGGCCCCAGAGGACCUCAGGGCCUCACAGGCCCUCCUGGCAAGGCUGGGCGAAGGGGCCGGGCAGGUGCUGAUGGAGCCCGAGGGGUGCCUGGAGAACCUGGAGUGAAGGGUGACCGAGGUUUUGAUGGACUCCCAGGGCUCCCUGGAGAGAAGGGCCAUAGGGGUGAUACUGGUGCCCAGGGCCUUCCUGGUCCCCCUGGUGAGGAUGGAGAGAGGGGAGAUGACGGGGAGAUUGGGCCUCGAGGGCUGCCUGGAGAGUCGGGACCUCGAGGUCUCCUUGGCCCCAAAGGCCCACCUGGUAUUCCUGGACCCCCUGGCGUCCGAGGCAUGGAUGGUCCCCAGGGCCCCAAAGGGAGCUUGGGACCCCAGGGAGAGCCAGGACCUCCUGGACAACAGGGCACCCCUGGGACCCAGGGUCUUCCCGGGCCCCAGGGUGCCAUCGGCCCUCAUGGAGAGAAGGGUCCUCAAGGGAAGCCAGGGCUCCCCGGCAUGCCUGGCUCAGACGGACCCCCGGGUCACCCAGGGAAGGAAGGUCCCCCUGGAACCAAAGGAAACCAGGGUCCCUCUGGACCUCAGGGUCCUCUAGGAUACCCAGGACCUCGAGGGGUCAAGGGUGUGGACGGAAUUCGGGGUCUGAAGGGUCAUAAGGGUGAGAAGGGUGAGGAUGGCUUUCCUGGGUUCAAAGGUGACAUAGGCGUGAAAGGUGACAGGGGCGAAGUUGGAGUCCCUGGUUCCAGGGGAGAGGAUGGUCCUGAGGGGCCAAAGGGACGCACUGGACCGACUGGAGACCCUGGGCCCCCAGGGCUCAUGGGCGAGAAGGGCAAGCUGGGUGUUCCUGGUCUGCCUGGCUAUCCUGGACGUCAGGGACCCAAGGGGUCCCUAGGAUUUCCUGGCUUUCCUGGUGCCAGUGGAGAGAAGGGAGCCCGGGGCCUGUCGGGGAAGUCAGGGCCUCGGGGAGAACGGGGCCCCACGGGUCCACGGGGUCAGCGGGGACCCCGAGGUGCCACUGGGAAGUCUGGAGCUAAGGGAACAUCUGGUGGUGAUGGCCCCCAUGGGCCCCCUGGAGAGAGGGGCCUCCCUGGACCUCAGGGUCCCAACGGGUUUCCUGGACCGAAAGGACCCCCGGGCCCCCCUGGGAAGGACGGGCUGCCGGGACACCCAGGCCAAAGAGGAGAAGUGGGUUUCCAAGGGAAGACCGGCCCCCCUGGUCCUCCAGGAGUGGUGGGACCUCAGGGAGCAGCAGGAGAAACCGGCCCUAUGGGGGAGAGAGGUCACCCAGGCCCCCCGGGGCCCCCUGGAGAGCAGGGACUACCUGGGACGGCUGGAAAAGAAGGAACAAAGGGUGACCCUGGUCCCCCUGGGGCCCCAGGGAAGGAUGGUCCUGCUGGUCUGAGGGGAUUCCCAGGAGAGAGAGGCCUCCCAGGCACUGCUGGUGGACCUGGUUUGAAGGGGAAUGAAGGUCCUUCUGGCCCCCCUGGCCCUGCAGGCUCCCCUGGGGAACGAGGUGCAGCAGGAUCAGGGGGACCCAUUGGUCCGCCAGGGCGCCCAGGCCCGCAGGGUCCCCCUGGAGCAGCAGGAGAGAAAGGUGUCCCAGGUGAGAAGGGCCCCAUUGGCCCGACUGGCCGAGAUGGAGUGCAGGGUCCUGUGGGGCUUCCUGGUCCUGCUGGGCCUCCAGGUGUGGCUGGAGAGGAUGGAGACAAGGGUGAGGUGGGGGACCCUGGACAGAAGGGCACCAAAGGGAACAAGGGUGAACAUGGCCCUCCUGGACCCCCUGGACCCAUUGGUCCUGUGGGGCAGCCUGGAGCAGCGGGAGCAGAUGGGGAGCCCGGAGCUCGGGGACCCCAGGGACACUUUGGAGCCAAAGGUGAUGAAGGAACAAGAGGAUUCAAUGGGCCCCCAGGACCCAUUGGCCUACAGGGUUUGCCAGGCCCCUCUGGGGAGAAGGGAGAAACAGGAGAUGUGGGUCCUAUGGGACCACCUGGCCCCCCAGGACCUCGAGGUCCAGCUGGACCCAAUGGCGCUGAUGGCCCACAAGGUCCCCCAGGAGGUGUUGGGAACCUGGGUCCCCCUGGAGAGAAGGGGGAACCAGGAGAGUCAGGAUCUCCAGGGAUCCAGGGCGAGCCAGGUGUCAAGGGUCCACGCGGGGAACGUGGAGAGAAAGGAGAGUCGGGGCAGCCAGGAGAGCCAGGACCACCAGGGCCUAAAGGCCCCACAGGCGAUGAUGGCCCCAAAGGGAACCCUGGUCCUGUUGGUUUUCCUGGUGACCCUGGCCCCCCUGGAGAAGGUGGCCCUCGGGGCCAGGAUGGUGCUAAGGGUGACCGAGGCGAGGAUGGUGAGCCAGGACAGCCUGGAUCCCCUGGUCCCACCGGGGAGAAUGGACCCCCAGGGCCACUUGGAAAGCGAGGUCCUGCUGGCUCGCCUGGUCCCGAGGGGCGACAAGGAGGGAAGGGAGCCAAGGGAGAUCCUGGCGCUAUAGGUGCCCCGGGGAAGACAGGCCCGGUGGGUCCUGCAGGCCCAGCAGGGAAACCUGGCCCUGAUGGUCUGAGGGGGCUCCCAGGCUCAGUGGGUCAGCAAGGCCGACCUGGAGCUACAGGCCAGGCUGGGCCCCCAGGUCCUGUGGGACCCCCAGGGCUGCCUGGUCUCCGGGGCGAUGCUGGAGCCAAGGGAGAGAAGGGCCACCCAGGUCUCAUUGGACUGAUUGGGCCCCCGGGUGAGCAGGGAGAGAAGGGAGAUCGGGGACUUCCUGGGCCUCAGGGCUCCCCUGGGCAGAAGGGUGAGAUGGGUAUCCCAGGAGCAUCCGGCCCCAUUGGUCCUGGAGGUCCCCCCGGCCUCCCCGGACCUGCUGGCCCCAAAGGAGCCAAAGGAGCCACAGGCCCAGGCGGACCCAAGGGAGAGAAGGGUGUGCAGGGCCCUCCAGGACACCCGGGUCCCCCAGGCGAGGUGAUCCAGCCACUGCCCAUUCAGAUGCCCAAGAAGACUCGGCGCUCGGUGGAUGGAAGCCGUCUGAUGCAGGAAGAUGAGGCCAUACCGACCGGGGGAGCCCCCGGCAGUCCUGGGGGGCUGGAGGAGAUCUUUGGCUCACUCGAGUCCCUGCGGGAGGAGAUCGAGCAGAUGAGGCGGCCAACAGGGACCCAGGACAGCCCUGCUCGCACCUGCCAGGACCUGAAGCUGUGCCACCCAGAGCUUCCCGAUGGAGAGUACUGGGUCGACCCCAACCAGGGCUGUGCUCGGGAUGCCUUCCGAGUUUUCUGCAACUUCACAGCAGGGGGUGAGACCUGUGUGACGCCUAGGGAUGACGUCACGCAGUUCUCUUACGUGGACUCAGAGGGCUCCCCAGUGGGUGUGGUCCAGCUCACCUUCCUGCGGCUGCUCAGCGUCUCAGCCCACCAGGACGUCUCCUACCCCUGCUCUGGAGCAGCCCGUGACGGUCCCCUGAGACUCCGUGGGGCCAAUGAGGAUGAGCUGAGCCCGGAGACUAGCCCCUAUGUCAAAGAAUUCAGAGAUGGCUGCCAGACACAGCAAGGCCGGACGGUGCUGGAGGUGCGAACGCCUGUGCUGGAGCAGCUGCCAGUGCUGGAUGCCUCCUUCUCAGACCUGGGAGCCCCACCGAGGCGGGGAGGGGUGCUGCUGGGGCCUGUCUGCUUCAUGGGAUAGGACCGUCUCUGUCUGAUCCUGUCCAUCGGAACCAGGCCCACCUGGAAUCCCACAACAUCAGCUCUGUGCCACCUCCCAAGAGGGCUCCUCACUAUCUAGGGAGCCCUGGGCCAGGGCGUGGAGAGCCCUCAGUCAGGGGCAGGCCACGGGAGGGGUGAAGUGGUUGCCUGGACACCCCACUGGAGGAGUGGCAUCUGGGGCUCUUGGCCCUCCCACCUGGAGCCUGUGACCCGUUAGAGAGCUGACACCCUUAUUUAAAACUCACCUCCCAAUCACCCCAAACAAAUGGAAGAGAAGAGAAAGGACAUGGUGUAUUUUGUAUUUAAAAGUAAUUAUAUUAAUUAUUUAAAGUGUGGAAAGCAAAAUAACAAAAAAGAGAAACGCCAACAAAAAUCAGCAGAUGUUGGAGACAGGGGUCUCAGGGGUGGGCUCCGGCACCCACAUCCUGGAGUCAGGACUUUCCUCAGUGACUGUGUGUAGGGAGGUUUGAGGGCUGAACCCCACCUCCCUCCCACCUUCCUCCCACCUCACCUGUCGCACCCACUGUGAAAGUUGGAAUAUGUGGUCUCCCUGGCCUCAGGGCUCUGACUCUGCCAGGGUGGGGCUCUCUAACCCACAGGUGUUGGCUGCCUGGCCCAUGUGCCCACUGUCUCUUCCACUUGGUCUGGGUUUGGCAGGCACUGCCUGCUACUUGAGGGCCAGGAUGCUCCCCCAGGGAAGAAACGGAAUAGUGUGGGGUGUGUGCAGGGCUGCAUCCCGCAGAUGGCUGGAAUAUUAAAAUUCUUCUAUAUUGGCUGGUAAAUUGCCAUGGCCCUGAGCCACUGAGUAUGUUCGUUGCCACCCUGUCCCUCCCCUGGGCACCCCUCACUUUCCCUGAUCCUGCAAUUAAAGGGUUAAUGUGUGGCAUAUGGAAGGGACUCCCAGGACCCUGUGCCCAGCUUCCAUGCUGACUGAUGGUUAAAUAAUGUGAUUGUCUCCUC